CGGACGCGGGUCCGGGCGGCUGCGCGCCCCCGCGGCGCGGAGUUCCCGCUCCGCUGCGCGCCCCCGCCGCCGCCGCCGCCCCCGCUCCGCAGGGCGCCCGCCCGCCCCCGCCCCGCCGCCGGGAGCCGCCCCGGCCCCGCCGCCCCGCGGGCACCCGGCCUCCGCGGGGGCGGCGGGCGGAGAGUAAAACCGGGCCGCGGUAGGGACGCGGGGCUGGAGCCGGACCCGCCGCCGCCAGGGCAAGGAGUUACCUUGCGUAAUGUGGGCAGAGGCUGGUUUUCGAAACCAAAGGAAAAGGGAUAUCCUUUCUCUGUCAGAAAGUGAGGGAAAAUGGAGGAGAUGACAGGUGGAAAUGAAUCCUGUACUGCAGGACCAACAUCUAUGUCCUACUUAGCUUGUCUGAGUUACAUUCUGGAAGAAUGGACUGGUGUGGAGGAUAUUGGAGAUUAUCUGAGUUAUGCAUUCUACAUUUUGUGGGUGCUUUUUCCACUUGUGGUGGUCUUUGUGCUUCCAGGAGUUAUCGUCAUUCUCUUCUACGUUUCCAUUCUCUGGCUUCAUAUUUAUAAAAGAAAGAAUGAAAUAAAGGAAGCUUAUUCCCAUGAUGUUUGGAUAGGUGCAAGAGAAAUGUUGGCGACCAUAUGGGAUGGACAUGGAAGAAUAUGGCAUGGUUAUGAGCUUCAUGGUGUCGAAAAUAUUCCUCAAGGACCAGGACUUGUUGUGUUUUAUCAUGGAGCUACCCCCGUUGACUAUAUCUAUUUCAUAGCUAGACUUCAUAUAAUGAAGAAGAGAUGCUGCAAUGUAGUAGCUGAUCAUUUUGUCUUUAGAUUACCAGGCUUUAGAAUACUACUUGAGGUAUUUGGAGUUAUACACGGACCAAAAGAAGCUUGUGUGAGGACUCUGGAGAAGGGCCAGCUGUUAGCCAUUGCCCCAGGUGGAGUUCGGGAAGCACUCUUCAGUGAUGAAAUGUACACUAUUCUGUGGAGUGAUCGGAAGGGCUUUGCUCAGGUGGCCAUUGAUGCAAAAGUGCCCAUCAUUCCUAUGUUUACACAAAAUGUUCGAGAAGGCUUUAGGACAUUAGGAGGAAUAAAAAUACUUAGGUCUCUAUAUGAGCGUACUAGAUUGCCAGUAGUUCCUCUGUAUGGGGGGUUUCCUGUCAAGCUACGUACAUUUAUUGGAGAGCCCAUUCCAUAUGAACCAAAUAUGACUGCUGAGGAACUAGCUGCAAAGACAAAAGCAGCAGUCCAAGCUCUUAUAGAAAAACAUCAGAAAAUACCAGGAAAUAUAUUUAGGGCUUUAAUGGAACGAUUUCGAACACAAAAGAAAGAAGAUUAAGGUCUUCUGAACUUAAACUUCUGUAACUACUAUUUAACUAACUACUACUAAAAAUAUUCUUAAUGUUACAUUUGUAAAUUAUUCAUUCUUCUAAUAAUAGGUUUAAUACUGUCCUAAUGAUACUGCUGUAUAAUUUAAGAUAGAAGUCACUUGCCCUUGACCUUUCCCCUGUCCAGUAUCAAGCUCAGGAACCCAAACUUAAAAUCAUUAAUAACGGGGAAAAGUUUAAUUUUUGAUAAACACAUUCCUACCUUGGAAAUGUCUAGGUUGUUGAUUCUGGGUUUGUUUUGGGGUUUUUUUUGCAAAUAUUACUGCAAGCCUUUAUGUAUAUGGUCUGUCUUCCUUUUGGGCUGUCAUUGUCUCCCAUCCCCAUCAUGAUGGAUCUCUAAACUGAAUGUCAAAACCUCUGCAGAGCUGGAGUCUUACUGUCUUGACCCUCAUCGGUGUAAGGAGGUUUUGUGGGCCAGAUUAAUGCCACAUAACAUGUAUGAAAAAUUUCCUGAAAUUGUGACUGUCACACUGCUGGAAAGCAGUCCACCACUUUUGGUCUGCAGAACCUCUAGCAAUGCCUGUAAAACCUGUGUUGCAAAGUGUUUAGCUUUGCUGGGUGAGCUCAGAGACGGCUCAGAGGAGUGAAAAUUGAUUAGAGAACUACAGUGAAUCAAGGAGGCCUGUUAUGGAAACCUCUCUGAUGCUGUCAAUGACAGCCCUACAACACAGCUGUUACUCUGCUCCAAGGCAUAUUGGAUCUCUUGAGUAGAGACUUGUCCCAUUUGUUUCUCAGUGAGUCUACAAAUUCCCCUUUGAAACAAUGAGCCAAGCAUUCAAACAUCAGGAAGUAGAAAUGAGAGUGCUGUUAAAUGACAUGAGCUCAAAAAUUUUUAUUUUGAUGGCAAGAGAAAAUUUUUACAACAUCGUAAAAGCAGUUCUUUGAAAAACAGGAUUGGCAUUCCCAAAUGCCCUUUGUGGAAUAUGUGGAUAAACUAUUAAGUAGAUUCUUCAAACAGUUAGUUGUAACAGGUAUUAUUUAACAGUAAGUUAAAUAAUGAAGGAAAGGGAAGUUCUGUAUACUUUCCUAAAGUUAAAACAAUUGAAUCAACAGGAGAGAGUUGCAAGAUUGGGCUUUUGUGCACUUACAGCAAAUUAUAUUGUUAUAUUUUUUCUUAGCUAAAGCCUAUGGUCUUAUUGUCCAAAUAGGAAAUAUCUGGAAUAUUUCUUCUAAUUUCCAAGAAUUUUAAUCUACAGUUCUUAAAUUAACAUCUGGGAACUUUUUAGUUCUGGGAUGAGGACAAAUUCCUUCAGAAAAAACAAGAGAUUUUUGCUAUAUGUGUGUAUAUAUAUAUAUAUAUAUAUAUAUAUAUGAUGUGGUCAACUUCAAUAUUGUUGGGGUUUGACCUUUUCUUAAAAAAAAUACAUACCCCAAGAAAAAUCCAAUAAAUAACGAACAUUUAAAAGAGCAGUUGUAUUUGAUAUAGUAGUCAUUCCUAUCACCAUUUAAGCACAUACUUUGCUUUAUGCUCUUUUAAAUGUGUAAAUUAGUGACAUUGCAUAAGUGCAUGUGGAUGAUGCCCUAUGUUAGAAAAAUAUCACUUUAUGGGAAAUUGUCUGUCAAAUGUGGUUUACAAGAAGCAAAAGGUUUACUUACUUUAUGAUAUUAUUUAUACCAAAAACAUUUUGUAAAUGGUUUUUAAAGCCUUGGGAAGAAUCAUGGUAUAUAAAAGUAAAUGCCCAUUCUGAAGUUUUUAAAAUUACUUGAGUUUUACUUGAAGGCAAGAUUGGGUUCCUUUUAAUUUAUUGGACUGUUUCAAAAAUACUGUUAACACAGCAUGUCAUUAAAAGUGAUAAUGCAGAAUUCAUGCAUUGAAGUAUAACUUAAGUAUGACCUUUUUUUUACUGUCCAUCUUGAGAAAUGUACAUCAGUCUAUGUUGUGAGCAUCUCAAAGGCAGCUGAACAUCUUUUGUGUUGAGAUUGCAUAUAUGUAAAAGAGAACUCAGUCUAAAAGGUUCCACUAGGCAUGAAUGGACAUUAUCAGAUUUUAUAAAAUUUAUUUUAACUAUGUGGAUUAUUUGCUGCAGUUUUGUUCCUUCAAGUAUUGAAAGAUCAGUAUAAAAAAUGAAGGGCAGUAUUGGUACUCUCUAAGUGUUCAUAUUUGUAUAGGCCUUUCAUUUUUAUUUCUAUAUAUUAAAAAUAUGUAGAAGACACCUUUCGAAUAAACUUGACAGCUGGAACAGA